GGACAGAGGUGAACACAUUGCCUUGGAGCUGGUCUCCAUCACUGACCCGGAAUUUUCUCUUUGCUUGGAAAGACCCUGCAGGCAGGGGUGCAGUGGCCUUAUUGUGGGAUUCUAUUUACUGAGAUCAGAUAUUUUAUAAUUCAACACCAUCCUUUCCUGCUGCUGGCAGUGCAGGUUCAACCAGGGCUGGACAUCCUAAACGUUUAAAACCAGAGGAAUCGGGAUUCACUCUGCGGACUCAGACGUCAUCCCACAGGCCAACUGUGAGGCUAUGUCCCAGGCAGCUGCCUCCAAGCGAGCAGACAACACCAUCACCAGCGGGGUCAUGGAGGAGUCAGAGGUCUGUUCCCUGCCUGGGGGACUUACAAGCGUGAGGAAACAAAUUCAUACCCAGGAAGCUUCAACAUCACACAGUGUAACUCAGUUUAAUUUUCAUCACAAAACUGAGCAGGAGAUGUCAACCUCUGAGGUUACAGUGUCAAGUGGCAGCAGGUCGGUCAUCCCAGGCAGUCAGCAGCUAAAUUUCCAAGAAACUAUGGUGACCUACAAUGACAGCAACCUGGCAUCCAGUUAUGAAAACCAUCAGAAUGAUACAGAUGAAGAGUUUCCCAGGUUCACAACCAAAGAGCUGAGAGAUCACUUUGAAAGAACAAUAGAAGAGGCUGCUGCACAAAAACCAAUUAAGAUUGGACGUGACAUCAAUCGAUCAAAGUGGUCUUCAAACGUGAAUCAGAGCAACAAGCUGACUAGUGAAGUAUGUAAGGAAUUUGCUACGGAGUCAACCACAGCUACAGAAAUGGAUUAUGAGGACUUUCCACCCCCUCCAGCUGAGGAUUCUGAAUAUCUUCCUCCUCCUCCUCCACACUUAUUACAAAUGCCAUCAGACAGUGAAAAUAUUCCAGUGAGCCAUCCCUCACAUGAGCCUUUGGAUCCAGUAAACAAACAACAACUCAAUCGAGAAGCUUUUUUCAAGCAGAAGGGUAUAUCUGAGCUGAAACGUCUAUACAAGCACAUUCAUCCUGAGGUUCGUAAGAAUAUUGAAACAGAGUACUACAGUGAAUACAGUGAAACAGAGAACAACCAGGUAGAGAGCCCAGUGUACACAUAUGAGGAUGAUGAUGAUGGUAGUCCUGAUGAUGUCUAUGAUGAGGAGUAUGAGGAGUGGGAAGAGAUUCUCCCUGGGGAGGUGCAAGCCAUGCGCUGGAUGUUUGAAAAUAAACCAUUGGAUGCUAUUAAAGAUGAAACUCCUAAUGAGGAGGAAGACAACAAGAAAAUUACUCAACAGGAAAUAAUUGUGGGUAAAGAUGUGAGACGUACGGCGUGGAUGUUUGAGACCAAGCCAAUAGAUGAGCUGGGCUCACUGAACACCAACUCAACGGAAUAUAAAAACAAAUUUAACAAAUUUGAUAAGGGGGAUGUUCGUGCCGCAGCAUGGCUGUUUGAAACUCAAAAUAUGGACACUCUAAACAAAAUGCAUAAGGAAGAGGAUUUGACAAAGGAAAUUGUGUUUACUGAAGAUGAUGGAAAUGCUUCUAUUUACAUGAUUGAUAGUGAGUUAAUAGAAAGCUUGGGGCACACAGAGACUAUUGAUGAGAGCCACCUGCUGAGCUUACGUUCAGUGUUGGAAGAAAUCAGUGGAGAAGUUAAAGUCAUAACAAGCACGUUUGACACUCAGUUUAAAUGUGUUAUCAUAGGACAAUCAAGCCAAUUGCUGGAGAUAAAGUCUGUGCGUAAAAUAGAAACGGAACUGGAGAACUCUCUUGCUUCACGUUGGCUUUUUGAUACACAACCACUGGACCUGACAAACAAAGAAUUUGCUCCUUUAAAACUUGUAUGCAGUCUAUCUAUGGAGGAUAGUAGCAAAGGAGAUUGGGGCAGAUGGUUGUUUGAGAUAAAAACAUUAAAUUCUCUCCUUGAGUGGCAAAGUUUGCAAACAGAGAAGAAAGAUAUUAUUGGAGCUGAUGUGCGCAAGCACCGGUUAGUCUUUGAAACACAACCAAAAGACCCUCCGAUGACCAUGACAUCUGAGUCGAUUGAAGAGAUUAUAGGAGGAAAUGUUAGAUCUGCAAGGGAUUUUUUUGAAACCAGUCCACAAGUAGCCAGGAAAAACUGCCCUGAAGUUGGAAAACUUAAAAAGGCAAUAGUAGAUGAAGAAAUGAAAGGUGAUGUGAGACACCAGAAGUGGCGGUUUGAGAGUCAGCCUCUAGAACAAAUAAGAGAAGAGAAAAAAGAAGUCAUUCGUACUGUAAAUGUUGAGGAUGAUCUCACGCAAGAGGAUGGAACAAGCUGCAGGGCAGAUGUUCGCAGGAACUGUUGGGUCUUUGAGACACAGCCAAUGGAUACAUUAAAAAAUGAUUCAAAUACUUAUUCUUUGACAAAAGAAGAAAUUAUAGCUGGUAAUGUGAGAUCAGCCAGAGAAUAUUUUGAGACGAUUCCAAGUGAAGACUUGAAGGAGUUGGCCGAGGUAGGCAAAUUGAAAAAGACCAUACCACUUAAUGAGGAGAAGGGUGAUGUAAGACAUCAGAAAUGGUUAUUUGAAAGUCAACCACUGGAGGAAAUUAGAGAGGAAAAGAGAGAAGUAAUCCGAACGAUUGACCUUGAAGAAAUUGAUAAAGUGGAUGUGUCAAACUACAAGCACAUUUUUGAAAGCACAGAUUUUAACACAAGUAAGGAAUUGCAAAUGAUUGCAAUAGAGGGUGUGACAUCUGGCUCUGUAAAAUCAAAUACAAACUUUUUUGAGUCAUCGGCAUUGUAUGCCAUGCAAGACAGUUUAGGCCACUUUCAUGAGGUGAAAACAGUGCGCCGUGAGGAAGUAGUUAAAGGAGACGUAACAACCUACAAAUGGAUGUUUGAAACACGCCCCAUUGAUCAGUUUGAUGACAGUGUUGAAAAAUAUCAAAUUAUUAAAGGAAUAUCUAAACAGGAAGUUGAAUCUGGCGAUGUCAAGACUGCGAAGUGGCUAUUUGAAACACAGCCUCUUGAUGCAAUCAAGUACUUCAGCAAUCUUGAAGAUGAAGAAACUGUGGAGACAAAUAAAGCUCUGGAUAUUGUGAAGGGGGAUGUGAAAACAUGCAAGUGGUUGUUUGAAACAAAGCCAAUGGACAUCUUGUAUGAAAGAGUGGAACUAAAAGGAGAGAAUGAAUCCGAAGAAAUACGCAAGGGAGAUGUCAAGACCUGCACAUGGCUGUUUGAGACCCAAACACUUGAUUCAAUUCAUGACGAAACUGAAACAGUAUUGAAGACACGGAGUUUAAACCAAGAAGACAUUACAGGAAAAGAUGUAAAAAUGGCUUGCUUUCUUUUUGAGACAGAAAACCUGGAGAACCUCACAGGGGAGGAGAUAGGAUCUUAUAAACGUGUCACAGAGAUAGACAUUGCAUCUGGAGAUGUCUCAAGAAAAAAAUAUAUUUUCGAAAACCAAACAUCAGACAUCAUGACGUCUUCCUCUGAUGAAGUAAUGCGAAAGCUCAAGAGAGUUCAGACCGAGGACAUACAAAGAGGAAAUGUUGUGAACUGCAAAUGGCUCUUUGAAAAUCAGUCCAUUGACCAAAUACAUGACAGCAAAGAGGAAUAUAUGAACAGUCACACAGUCAGCGAUGUGCAACCGGGUGAUGUCAACAAGGGUCGGUUUAUUUUUGAGACCUAUUCCCUAGAUAAAAUCCAAGAGGUUUCCUCUGAAACAGAAAACAUAAAAACAUCCAAAAUUAUUUGCGACAAGGAAGAGAAAGGUGAUGUGAGAAAUUACACAAUGAUGUUUGAAACACAGCCCCUAUAUGCCAUACAGGACAAAGAGGGUCACUACCAUGAGGUCACCACUGUUACAAGUGAGGAGGUGAAGAAGGGAGACGUUGUCGGGACCCGGUGGUUGUUUGAAACAAAACCUCUUGAUGCGUUUAAAGACACAGAUGAGGUCUAUAUCAUUAAAUCUGUAACACAACAAGAUUUACAAAAAGGAGAUGUAACAUCUGCCAAAUGGAAAUUUGAGACCCAACCUCUAGACAGGAUUGCUGAAGAAAGUAAGCCUUUUAUAAAAACUGUGGAAGACAUUCAAGGAGGCAACGUGAGAGUGAAUAAACAGCGUUUUGAAACUGACACCUCCUCAGAGGGAUCUGUUAGGACUGUUAAUGUGAGUGAAAUACAGAGAGGUGAUGUCAGGUCUGCAAAGUGGAGGUUUGAAACUCAGUCCAUUGACAAAAUAAGAAGCAUGAGCUCUGAAAAUCUAAUUGAAACUGUUAAAAAGGAGGAGGUUGCAAAGGGAGAUGUUAAACAUUCAGUCUGGCUUUUUGAGAAAAAUCCUCUCGAUCACAUUAAAGAAGUAGAUGAGGAUGAGAACAUAUCUGUCGCUCAGGAGGAAAUUCCCAAGGCAGAUGUAAAAACAACAACAUGGCUCUUUGAAACAACACCAUUUGACGGCUUUAGUGAGGCUAAGGUAGAAAAGACUGAAAUAUUGGGGAAAAGCAUCAAGGGAACUCUUGAGGAACUUUACAGUCAGAAAAUGGUGAAUUCAACGGGAAUACUAAUUGAGGCUGAUGAGAUUGGUGAUGUAAGAAUGGCAAAAUACCAGCUAAUGAAUAAGCAAACGCCAGAGAUUCAGAGAGAGGAAAUCAUCAGGGGAGAUCUACAAACUAUUAUGAUGAAUCUUCUCAACAGAAAGGAUAAAAGGGAGCAGCAAAUUGUCAUAGAUUCAGAAGAGAAGGGAAACAUCAGCUCAACAGUGGAGCAACUAUUCAGCCAAGAAAAGGAAAGUAACGUUGAAAAGGAGGAAAUACUGCAUGGUGACAUUCAGGAAACAAUCAACAACCUCUUCAGUAAGACUGGAUCGGCAAAACAGGGCAUACUCAUUCAGGAGGAUGAAAAAGGAGAUGUGCGGAUGACAUUAUAUUCCCUUCUACAUAAAAACCAGGAUGUUAAUGUUGAAAAGGAAGAUGUUGUAAAAGGGGACAUAAAGAGUGCUCUUGAAAGGCUGUCCAGCUCAGAAAAGUCAGAUCAGGCCAUGAAGAUAAAGAUAGAUGACACUGAAAGGGGGAAUGUCAAUUUUUACUCCACAUGCAUUGAAUCUGGAGCUCUUGAUUAUCUCAAACAGCUCCAGUUAGGCCCUGAUGAAACUCUGGAUGACACAACUAAAAAAGAGAAGAUCAUUGGGGGCGACAUCAAGAGCACCAAAUCUAUUCUCGGCCAACAUCAAAUGCAAAUUGAACGCUCAGUAGAGGAUGUUAUACCAGGAGAUGUUCACAAUGCAUUAAAAGUUUUCAUGGCAGAGCCAACUGUCUCACUGGAAAGAAUCCAGAGGGAGGAGAUAGUCAAAGGAGAUUUAAAAGCUGCUUUGAGCUCAUUGUCAGAAUCAGCUAAACAGACAGUGGUUGUGGAAAAAAAGGAAGUGGUAAAAGGCAAUAUUCCAAAAGCACUGCGGUGUCUGGAGAGGGCUCAGAGACGCAACAAAGAGGUGGAGAAGCCAGAUAUUGUUCCCGGAAAUAUCCGGGGCGCUCUAAGAUCUCUUGGGAAAUCAUCCACCUCCAGAGUUGGAAGUUUUGCUGUUGAGGAUUUAGUUCCUGGAGAUGUGAAGGCUACCCUAAAAUCCCUGGAAAUGGCAAAGCAAGCAGUGAAGGGAGUUGAAAAGGAAGAAAUUGUGCGAGGUGAUAUUCAUAUGGCAAUGCUAAGUCUGCAAGAUGCCUCAAGUGAGAGAAAAAUAUCUCAGCAGGAAAUAGAUGUUCAAGGAGAUGUCAAAGGGACAAUUCAGAUGUUCAUGGAGCCUCCACUAUCCCCAAAGACUCAACAGAAAUUUGCCUUUGAAGAAGAUAUCAAGGGUGAUGUCAAAAUGUCAAUCAAGUCCUUAUAUGAGACACAGGAGCAAACCCAACAGGAAAAAGAAGAAGUGAUAAAGGGUGAUGUUAAAGGCACGAUCAAGUCCCUUAUGGAAACAGCACAGCGGGAAACUCCCAGAGUCAGGCAUGGAGUAUACAGAAGGGUUAAAGUCAAACAGAGCCCUGCCGUGAAAAACCUUAAUCCAGAUGCCCAGAGGAACAUACAAAAGAUAAAAACAGCAAAGCAGGUUGAAACAUCUAAGGAAAGUCACUCCAUUCAACAGUCAGAUACCGUUAGAAUAAAGACUUCAACUAUGGUGGAGCACAAAACUAUUACUCAAAACCAUGGCAUAAAAACGGUAAAGACAGAGUUUCGUAAUCUUAAAUCAAACCAAAAGGGGAUGGGAAAACUGUCUAAAACCAAAGUAAAAACUGACAAUUACACAUUAAAGUCUCAAGUACCAGAGCAUGAUCUGCCUCUACCACCACCACCUCCACCUGUUGCAGAAACAGACCUUCUUCCUCCUCCUCCUCCUAGUCCUCUUCCGCCAACUGCUGAUACUGACACUGACCACCUUCCUCCCCCCCCACCACCACUCACCAGUGAGCAAGACUUCCUCCCACCUCCUCCACCUCAACGAGAACUGGAGAGUACCUCUACUCAAGCAGUUCCUGCUUCUCCAUCAACAGCAAAAAGAAUGAUAGUCAAAAAAGUGAAAGUUCCUGCUUUGCAGCCAGUUCCAAAGUUGGAGUCUAAAGUUGAAUUCAGUAAAAAGCAACAGGUACAGGCAACAUCUGUGAAAACUGAAGUGCAGGCCGCAAUCCAAAAAGAAACAGAAGAAACCACGCACAUUUCAAAAACGGUCUCCCAUGACAUCCCUCCUCCAUACCCAGAAUCUCCUAAGCUGCUCAAGAAGGUCAACAUUGCUCCUGUGAAAUUUACUCCACCACCAUCUCCACCUCUACCAGCAGAAUCGCCACUACCACUAAGGAAAGUUUACAUUGCUCCAGUGAAAUUCACUCCACCACCUUCCCCUCCACCAUUCAUGAGAGGGAAAGCUAGUAAAUUUAACACAGCACUGAUAAAAGCAGAGGAGAAAUACCGGAAACUGAGGGAGGAAAACACACCCCCAACUUCUCCGUCUCCCACUUUUGCACAUGAUUCUGUGAGUGCUGCUCUUGAAAUGCUGUCCAAUAGGAAUCAGGGAAAUUACAGUAUCUCAGGAACCACUCAGGAAGGAAGUACAAAUACAAAAAUGGGUGCUCAUUCAGACUCCUCCAUGACGGUUUUGGUUUCAGAUGUAACCCAAAGCAAUCCCAGAUCCCACCAUGGCAACACCACUGUAGAUUCCACAGUUACAUUGUCUGCAAAAGAGCAAAUUGUAUCAAGUGAAAAUACUAAGUUGGUCUCCAGUCAAAAGAUCUCCUCCAUCUCAACUGUUAGACAACACCUGCAAACAACUACUCAGAAAACUGUAUCGGUGUCUUCUAAUCAGUCUGGCCAAACUGAUAAAGUCUUGAUCUCUAUCGCUGAUGUAAGUGACCGUCCCAAAACGGACACUAAAACGCACAACACUACUUCCAACAAAACAGAAGAUCAAAACAAAACUGAUAAUGAGGCAAAACAGGUAUGUAAUAAUGUUUCUAAAGAUGAAACAAACAGAAUAAAUGUGUCUUCAAAUAGGAGCCAAGAAAAUGUCUCAGAUCUGCCAACAGAAAAUACAUCUCUCAUUGCAAAUGGAAAAACAGGCAAACAAAGCCAAAAAUCAAAAAAGAACUACAACAAACAAGAAAAACCAGUAGACAUGAACAAAUCCAGUGACAAUGAGAAGCAAAGUGUUUCACAAGAUUUGAAAGCAGAAGCCACAGAGAUAAAACAAGAGAUAAAGAAGGAUAUCAUUUCCCCUGCUGCAACACCUGUAAGCAUUACUGCCAAUCAACCUGACGCUCCUGCUCCGGUAAAGAAGAAGAAAAAAUCCAAAAAGUCUAAAGGGAAUUCACAGCAAGGCCAGGGUAAAGAAAAUGUAACUGAAUCAAACACAGAAGUGAAGAGAGUAACAUCUGAAAUUACUCAACAAGGAGAUGAAACAAUUGUGGUCGACCAAAUUCAGAAAAGUAUAAAAGAAGAGCACGUUCAAAUCAAGAGAGAGGUUAUUACUGCUGACAGAAAAGAUGAUCAGAAGUCUGUGCAGCAAAAAGCACUUCAAACACAAGGGACGGGAUCUCAAAAGAAAGAAGUGACAGUUUCUCAACAGAGAGCAAAGGAACAACCAGAAGAAAAUCGGGAUGUCCCAAUUAUGGUGACAGGCAAGUCAGAACAAAAUGAACUUGUAAAAUCCACGACAGAGAGAACAAAGGGAUCUCACAGGCAUGACAUCCAAGUGUUAAUCUCCCAAAUCACAGAGAUACAAGGCAUUUCAGAGAAAACACAUUCCAAAUCUGUAAAGGGUCUUUUAAACUCAGUGCCAGAUUGGAUCUUAACUCCGGAAAGGAAACAAGAAUUGGAACAAAGUGUUGCUGAAAGCGAUGCUCAGACCAAUGAAGAAAUUAUUUUGAAUCUUAAAAAACUUGCAGAAUCCAAACUAAUGGAACUUACAGACGAAACAUUGGAGAAGCAUGAAUGUGAGCUGGUAGCGGAGAAAGCAAGUUCUGCCUUCGUGGCACAAAGAAUAUCGAAAAUCAGUAUCGGUUCUGCCAAAAUUGAACACCAAACGUUUAAAAACACCUCACAUGAAAACAGAAAAGAAGAAGUGAGUUUGUGCAAGUCAAUCGACCUUCGAGCUCCAUCACCCUCACUCAGAAUGCGUCCUCCCUCUCCAACAUUUAUCGCCAUCGAGUCCACACGAAGAACAGACUCACCACAAAGAGUGACUCCAUCACCCACCCUACUCCACAGGCCACCCACCCCCCCUACACCUCCACCACGCAGGUGUGACACCCCAACAUCACGCAUCACCAGAAUCACACCUUCGCCGACAUUUGAUAAGGCAGAAAAUUUGGUCCGACUCAAAGAAACAACAGCAAAACUCUCUCGGGUUGUCACACCCCCACCACUACUCACCCAACAAGUUACUGAGAAAAAAUCAGAGGUUGUGGAACUGCCUUCAACAUUUCACCAGCAAAUUAAAACUGAUGCUCAAGUUACAGAGACUUCAGGGACACUGACUGAGUCAUCCAACUCAAAAACAAGCAUUGCACAAAGUAGCUCUGGGAAGGAUGUGUUACUACUCCAAAAGGAGCCAAAUUCUGGAGAAGAUUCUGAUGAUUCUGACAUAAUAUCCGCAUCUGUCAAAGAAAAGCGAGAGUUCUUUGAAGGGGCACAAAAAGCUGAGCUUAAUAAGAUCUUUUUGCGCAAAGAGCCCAUCGCCAUCAGUGAACGGCUGGGCCCUGACAUGGAGGAGUGUGAGGCUGAAAACAAGAACAGAGAAAAAGAUGAGCCUCUAAAGGCAGAUUUGUCAAGCUUUAUAAACAAAUUUGAAUCCCCAGAAGAAAAGCAAUGUAGCAGAAAAGAGCUCACUCCACCUGUACAGUGCCUCCACAAUGACAACAAAAGCUCAGACUAUAUUAAAGAAAAAGCAGACAUACUACAACAAGAAAUGUCAAGUUUUAACAUCCAGGCAAUUAGAAAUGUUUUUGAACUGGGUGAGCAAUGUUUCUCAGUUACAGAGGAGAGAAAGGAUCCGGAGGAGCUUGUGUCAAGUCUCGGCAAAACAAGAGUAGACUCUUCAAAGCUGGAAAGAUCUCAUGAGACAAAAGGAGGCUCAAGGCAAAGCACCCCCCUCCCUUUUCUAAAAAAUGAUGCAGAAACAAUAUUGGCACAACCAUCUGCCCUCUCAGAAACCAAAACAACCACAGAACAUUUCUCGAAUGUUGAUGAAUUUGGUAACAAAGUAACUGGCACAAUCACUGCUGUCACUCAGCACUCCGAAAGUGUCUCGACUCAGCCAGUCCCUUUUUCUUAUGCUGAUGCCGUCAAAAAGAAAGCUGCCAGGCGAACAGAAACUUAUGAUGAGGACACCACAGAAAAUCUGCUAAGGAAUUUCCAUAAAACAUGGACAGAGAGUGAGACAGUUUUCAAAAAUCUUGGGUACACUGUUUCUGAAGAGACAUCAUCACAAGCUGUGCUACAUCAGACAAAGACUGUUUCAUCGGAUUCGUGUUCCGAAGUCGGAGCUCUGCACAGUAUGUCGGAGGAGGGCUUAUCCGAUGGAUGCUCUGAUAGUGGACAAAAAAAAGUACCAUAAAUCCUGUUUCUGCUGUGAGCAUUGCAGAAAUAAAUUAAGUUUGGGAAAUUAUGUCUCUCUUCAUGGACAUUUUUACUGCCAACCUCAUUACAAACAACUUCUUCAAUCCAAAGGAAUAUACGAAGACGGUCUUGGACAAAACCCUCUUGUGGGAAGCAGUGGGCCAAAUCCCUUAGAUGAUCAAAUAGAUUGGAGAUAUUCCAUGAACAGUGUGAAUUCAAUAGAUAAACCCCACAGAGGUGAACACGAAAUGACAAAAUCAUUUAAAGAAA